GAAAUGAUUGCUCAGGGAGGAGGAUCUGUAGGGAUUGGGGUUUAUGUGCCAAUCUUAAAAGCUUAUUGCAAAGAGUACAGAACAGCUGAAGCUACUCAGCUGGUUACAGAGAUCAGCAGCUCUGGGCUUCAAUUAGACGUCGAGAUCUCUAACGCUUUGAUCGAAGCUUCCAUGACGAAUCAGGAUUUUAUAUCUGCGUUUACAUUGUUUAGGGAUAUGAGAGAAAAUAGAGUGGUGGAUUUGAAGGGGAGUUACUUAACAAUAAUGACAGGUCUUCUUGAGAACCAGAGACCUGAGUUAAUGGCAGCGUUUCUAGACGAAGUUGUUGAAGACCCUCGUGUUGAAGUGAAUUCCCAUGAUUGGAAUUCGAUUAUUCAUGCCUUUUGUAAAUCCGGGCGUCUGGAAGAUGCACGGAGGACAUUCAGAAGGAUGGUUUUCCUACGUUAUGAGCCAAACAACCAGACAUACUUAUCUUUGAUUAAUGGAUAUGUGAGCGGGGAAAAGUACUUUAACGUCCUGCUCUUGUGGAACGAGAUUAAAGGUAAGAUAUCGUCGGUGGAGGCAGAGAAGAGGUCCAGACUAGAUCAUGCUCUAGUCGAUGCAUUCUUGUACGCAUUGGUGAAAGGAGGAUUCUUUGAUGCAGCGAUGCAAGUGGUAGAGAAAUCUCAGGAGAUGAAGAUAUUUGUGGAUAAGUGGAGGUAUAAGCAAGCGUUCAUGGAGACUCACAAGAAACUCAGAUUGCCAAAGCUGAGGAAGAGGAACUACAAGAAAAUGGAAUCUCUUGUUGCCUUCAAGAACUGGGCUGGUCUCAACACAUGAUACAAGCUUUCAGGACACAAGCCAAAGACAUCUCUAUCAUUGAUGUAUUGUCGUCUCUUUUUGGUGUUGUGACACUUGGCAUUGCUAUUAAUAGAAAGCGUCAGAUAGGAGAGUUUUUAGUUAAAAAAAGAUGGCGCCAAAAGCAGCCAAUAUAGAUUUAAGACUAGUCAAUCCCUAAAUUGUAGGAAUGCCUUUGGUUUAUAGAAAUCUUCAGGCAAAACAAAAAAGAAAGACCAAAUGAAUUAUUUCUUUCAAUUUUCUUCAAACUUUUGAAAGGAUUUGCCCUUUUCGUGUGUUUGUUUUAUGAAUUGCUCAUUGCUUCAAUCUAAUAUCAAGGAUAGAUUUUACAGUUUCCUAUAUCGGAGGUUCGUUGCCUUUAUUUAUUAAACCUUCAUGAGUUCAUCAUUAUAUUUCUGUUGUUUGUUCAUUUGGUUUCAUUUCUCAAAAUUGUAUUAAGUUUCAUUUUGGUUUAUAGACAGAGAAGAAUCGUGAAGAGAAGAUUACUAACAGAGGGGGCCAUUGCGGGUAAAGUAUAAGGUUCGAAGAGCUAAGGUUCAUUGGAACUUUACAUGGAUAUUCAUAGGUAUAACUAUGGAAACGAAUCACAAGAAAGGAAAAAAUAGAAAGGCUUAUCAUCUAAAGAAGCAUAGAAAAUCAGAUAAUAAUAAGAGUUUUGAGCCAAGACCAACGAUCAAAGAAGUGAAUGAUGAGAAGCCGGUUUUGUUCCAAUUGGGGAGCAUUGCUAGUUAUGGGGUCAGUGAUGUUCGUCUCGAGGAAGAUCCAGAGAUCACCACCAGAAGAUCCACAUCUCUUUCCUUGUCUCCAACCUCUUCAGAGGAUAUACACGAGAUCAAUGCAAAAGGAAGGAAAUCAAACUUAUCUUUCGAUAGUAGCCUACACAAUAAGGAGCUCUUUAGCCUGUCUUCUAAAUUAUUCGAGUUACAAGGUUCAUCAGACACACCAGGGUCACAAGUGUCUGGUGUAACGAAUGCUUCAGUGGAGCCUUUGCUUUUAUCUCCUUCGAUUCAAAUGAUGGAUAGAGAAGGAUCUGAUCAACCUGAGAGAAACUCGUUACCUACCUUGGAGAAGAAUUUGAGCACACUUUCAAAUGAUUCUCUGUUUAGUCUCAGCAUAGGUGAUAACACGAUAGCAAGAGAUGAGUUGUUUAGUUACCGUGAUUUCAAGUCUGGAGAGAUUACAAAAUCGGGAGAGCUGUUAUCGUUCUGCCCUGCUAUUCAUGGUCCGGCUGAUUCUUCUGAUCUAGGAAAGAGCUUUGAUAUGGAGGACAAAGCGAGUGGCGAAUGUGAGGAUAAGUCAUCGAACUCAAAUGUAUCGUGGAGGAACAUCGGAGAUUGCAAUAACUCAGACGAAACACCAAGCAGCACACAGUCAUUUUCAUAUCCAAUAACGAAAAAGAAGAAGAAGAAAAAGAAAGCAACAAAGAAGAAGAUGACACAGCAGCAGCAACAGCAGAAGCAGAAGAAGCGAUGUUCUUGGUUGUGUUGCAAGAACACUGGACCUUGUUUCUCCUGCUGCAGAUUGCCAAGUUGUGGUUACAACUUCUUUUGCUGCAAACGGUUAAAAUGUUGCCCGUGCUUCUCCUGGUGCAGAUGGCCAAGUUGUGAUUACAAUUCUUCUUGUGGCUGGCUCUUCUGCUGCCAUUGGAGCUGUUGGAGUUGCUGUUGCUGUUCCAGUUCUUCAAAGAAGGUAGUAGAUGAUGAGAUGACUAGAGGGAAUGACGAACAGAGACUGCAAAAAGCAGAGUUUAAAACAUCUCAUCAAUGGUUUUGUUGAUUUCCUUGUUGCUCUUCUUCUUAACUUUAGAUUAGAUUCUUACGCAACUCUGUUUUAAUCUUUAGCUAAAGGUAAAAAAAAAUAGAUUUUACAAAUGUAAAAGUUUCUUGCCUAUUGAGAGCAGUUACCC